UGGGACUGUGCCGCAGGGAGCCAAGAGGAAGCGGCGGCGGCGGCGGCGGCAGCAGCAGCAGCAGCAGCAGCAGCGCUUGGGACGGAGCCCUGCUUCAAGCCCUCUGCUUUUCAUUCAAGGAAACAGUGGACAGCACACAAUUGUGUGCAUUGGUGACUGGCAGUAAUGGAUUACAGGGAGGAAAUUAUGAGCCAGAUAGUUCCAGGACAAUUUGAUGAUGCAGAUGCUUCGGACAGUGGAUAUGAACAGGUUAUUAAAGAAGCCCUUGAGAAGAAGGUGGCCACCAAAAUUGAGCAGUCGUUUUUGUGUGACGAAGAGGAUGUGGAGGAAUUUUAUGAGAGCAGUGAGGGUGAAGAAGAAGACGACUGGGACUGGGAUGAUGAUGCAGGAAGGGUGACCAAGAGAAAUCUUGUAUCUGGAGGAAGAAAUCCACAGGCAAAUAAACAGAUUUCUAGCUUCAAUGCAGCAAAAAUGUCCACUCCUACAGAUAAAGCCCUAAGAAAGUUUGAGCAUAAAAUCAAUCUAGACAAACUACAUUUUGCUGAUUCUGUUAUAAACAGAGUUACAGAGAAGUCCAGGCAAAGAGAAGCAGAUUUGUAUCGGGUGAAAGAUAAAGCGGACAGAGCGACAGUAGAACAAGUUCUGGACCCAAGAACACGAAUGAUCUUGUUCAAGAUGCUAACUCGAGGUGUCAUAGCAGAAAUCAAUGGUUGCAUCAGCACCGGGAAAGAGGCUAAUGUAUAUCAUGCCAGCACUGCAAAUGGAGAGAACAGAGCCAUAAAGAUUUAUAAAACAUCUAUUUUGAUGUUUAAAGACAGGGAUAAAUAUGUGAGUGGAGAGUUCAGAUUUCGCCAUGGAUACUGUAAAGGAAACCCAAGAAAAAUGGUCAAGACAUGGGCAGAGAAAGAAAUGAGGAAUUUAACAAGGUUGCACACAGCACAAAUCCCAUGCCCAGAACCCAUUAUGCUAAGAAGUCAUGUUCUUCUUAUGGGCUUUAUUGGCAAAAAUGACAUGCCUGCUCCUUUGUUGAAAAAUGCCCAGUUAUCAGAGUCAAAAGCUCGGGAGUUGUAUCUGCAAGUUAUCCAGUAUAUGAGAAGAAUGUAUCAGGAUGCCAAGCUUGUUCACGCGGAUCUCAGUGAAUUCAAUAUGCUAUAUCAUAGUGGAGAAGUAUAUAUCAUAGAUGUAUCCCAGUCUGUUGAACACGAUCAUCCACAUGCUUUAGAAUUCCUGCGAAAAGAUUGUACUAAUGUCAAUGAUUUUUUCCGGAAAUACAAUGUCGCUGUAAUGACAGUGAGAGAGCUCUUUGAGUUUGUUACAGAUCCAUCUAUUACCAAUGAGAACAUGGAUGCUUACCUUGAAAAGGCAAUGGAAAUAUCAUCAGGUAGAACAGAGGAAGAAAGGUCCAAUCAAGAUAAUGUGGAUGAAGAGGUAUUCAAGAAAGCAUAUAUCCCUAGAACUCUGAAUGAAGUGAAGAACUACGAGAGGGAUGUGGACAUAAUGAUGAAGUUGAAAGAAGAAGACACAGCUUUAAAUGUGCAGCAAGAUAAUAUUCUCUACCAGACGGUGACAGGGUUAAAGAAGGAUUUAUCUGGCGUCCAGAAGGUGCCUGCUCUUCUUGAAAAGAAAGAUGAGGCAGAAUAUGAUUCUGAUUAUAAUGACAGUUCUGACAACUCCGAAACUGAUUGCAAAGAACAGGAAGCAUCCAUGCAUCCUAAAGAUCAACUUGCUGAACCUGAUGUGGAUAAAAAGGAAAGAAAAAAGAUGACCAAAGAGGCACAGAGGGAGAAGAGAAAACACAAGAUCCCAAAGCAUGUGAAGAAACGAAAAGAGAAGACUGCAAAGUUGAAAAAGGGCAAAUAAAUCAUGAUUGCCAUGAUGCAACAUUUGUUGUUCCUGACUGGAUGGACCAGUAUUGUGGUUGCAAAGUACUCCGCACGCAGACAGCUCAUUUAUCUUGGUGGGUAUCAAAGGAACAUUACAACAGAGCUCACUCUUACUGGUGACAAAGGCUGACUUCUGUACUCUUGCAUAUAUAUACAUAUAUGUACAUAUAUCCUACAGCUCACAUCAAGAAUGUAUUCUCUGGAGAAGUAAAAACAAACGGACAUUUCUAAGACA